CGGGCCCAUACAACAUUCAGCCAGAAGCUGCUGGAGAAAGUGAAUCAUAUUCUUGCCACUGAAGUCAAGUUUAGCUAGAAAUCAUGGACUCUGGUUAUCCAUUCCAAAAUUACCAGCCACAACCAUCUACAGGGUAUGCACCUGCUCCACAAAUUAACUUUAAAAGUAAGGAUCCACUCCCUGAUGAACCUCAGGAUGGUUAUGGAUACACUCCUAUCUCUGAGCCUCAAAAACAGAAAAACAACAGUGCUGUUGUUGUCAGUUCUCAGCCAACUCCUACAAUUGUUACUUCUGCCACUCAUCAUGAUGUUGGUGAUCAUUAUUUGACUCUUUCUGUUACUGUCACUGUUCUUUGCUUUAUCACUGGGUCAUGGUCUGCACUCUUGUGUACUAUUCCAGCCAUCAUUUUCUCUAUCAUAGCUCGUGAUGCUGAAGUUCGUGGUGACAUGAACAGUGCUCAGGUCAACUCUCACUUGUCACUUGGAUGCAGUAUUGCAGGAUUGAUCAUUGGUCCUAUUGUUACUGUGAUUGUGAUUAUUAUGAUAAUUGCACAAAUGACCUAUUUUAGCCACACCUCUACUCCUCUCUCUUUAUUAUAACUACUACUAUUCUUCUUAUGCAACAUUAUUGUGACAAGUGAGAGUUGGACUUUUCUUUUGUAAAAAAAAACAAUACUCUUUUCAAUAAGUUAGAUUAGUUUGCUAUGUCCAUUUCUUUCAGAAAAAAACGUUUUAAUUUUUAAACUGCACUGCUGUUUGCUCUUUUACACCUCUUCAAUAUAAUAUCUUCCUUUCAGUUAUUUUAGAGAAAUUGACUGACAGUGCAUGCAAUCUUUAAUUUGA